AUGGAGUCCAAAUUUGAAGUUGACGAUCUUGUGUGGGCAAAGAUGAAGGGAUUCCCGGCAUGGCCUGGAAAGAUUAUUGAGCCAAAAAAUGAAGUGAAGCGUCCUUCUAACAAGAAACCACACCACUUUGUCUUUUUCUUUGGUUCAGAAAAUUACGCCUGGAUUCCUGAGGACAAUGUGUAUCUUUAUUCUGAUCACAGAAACAAAUUCAAGCUGAAUAAUCGCAUUCCAAAGGGAUUCAAGGAGGCUGUGGAGGCAAUAGAGGAUGCUCUGAAGGCUCAACCUACCACAAAAACAAUGAUAGCUGUAGAACUACCAUCAAUUGAUGAAGAAUUGGCACAGAUCUUCCCUCACAAAACUCCAUCCCCACAGAAAGACUACACCCGUGAACCCUUAACUGGCAAAAAGACAAAGUCCGCUACAACAAACAAAAUCUUCAAAAGCAAACAAAGGAAAGAACGAAUGUCCCUUCAUUUUCCUUUCAAACCAUUGACGAAAUCCAAAGAUACUGCUCUAUCCAGAAAGAGCACAGGAUCCCUCACACCAAAGAGAUUUCCAAUGAAACGUCCUGCAGGGGUUGGAGGAGAGCCACGAUUAAAAAAACAAAAAAUGAUUGCAAAGGUACAGGGCUCCCCAAGUAAACCUCCAUCUGCAGUUGAUUCUACAAAGAUAAAACCAAAAUCUAAAGCAGAAUUAUCAGCAUCUGCUUCUCAUACAGAGGAGAACAUGGUACUCUCCCCACAGAAGCAAUCUCCGGUGAGAAGUUCUCUUUCCUCGCCCGAUAUGUCGGGUAUAAAUAAUCCAAUGUCGUCAGCAGGAACCCAGAUUGAGGAGACACUUCUUUCAGCAAGAGCUGCAGCUAAAACAGUCAUCCCCACACCAUCAAGGAUUGGCUUCCUGGGCCUGGGUAUUAUGGGACAGGGUAUGGUGAUGAACCUUCUGAGGUCAGGUCAUGAGGUGACUGUGUGGAACAGGACAGCUCUGAAGUGCCGAGAAUUUGUAAAAGCUGGAGCAUUAAAGGGAAACAACCCUGCUGAAGUUAUCCAACGCUGUGAUAUCACCUUCUCCUGUGUGGCUGACUCAACAGCAGUUAAAGACCUUGUGUUUGGAAACUCUGGAGUGCUUCAAGGUAUCACUAAAGGAAAAUGUUUUGUGGAGAUGUCCACGAUUGAUGAGGAGACAAUGCAGGAUGUAGGGGAGGCCAUUAUGGCUCGGGGAGGUGUAUUCCUCGAGUCGCCAGUCGUGGGCAGCAGAGUUCCCGCCCUGGAGGGACAGCUCAUUAUCUUAGCAGCUGGAGAACGCAAAUUAUAUGAUGACUGUUUCUCAUGUUUUGAAGCAAUUGGAAAGAAGUCUUUAUAUUUAGGAGCAGACGUUGGCCAGGCAACGAGGAUGAAGCUUAUUAUCAACAUGGUGAUGGGAUCAGUUGUGGCCGGUUUAUCAGAGGGCAUGGCAAUGGCUGAGAAGGUUGGUUUGGACCAGGAAGAUGUGGCAGAGGUCUUCUCCAUAGGUGCUCUCUCUUGUCCAACAAUCAUUCACAAAAGUCAGGCAAUACUGAACCAGAAGUAUGAUCCGCACUUCCCUCUCAUGCACCAACAGAAGGACCUUCGUCUUGCCUUGAUGCUAGGAGACAAAGUAGAACAGCCACUGUAUGUAGCUGCAGCGGCAAAUGAGUUGUACAAGAAGGCAAGAAGGCUGGGAUACGGAGACAGUGACAUUGCCGCGGUGUAUCGGGCAGCGAGUGCGUGAGACGGGACUGCAUUGCAAUCAUCACAUAAAUUCUUACCACAAAUCCACAGCUUGCUCGGCAGGAAAACAAGAUUGACAUGUCCGUUUCUUACUUGACUUGGAUAAAGCUAUAUGGGGUUGGAGUUUGUGUCAGCUUGUGAUUACAUUAAGUGAAUGAACAAAUGGGACUCACAGCAUUGGACCAGUAAAUAAUGAGAUGUGAUCAAACUGUCUAAACCGUUAUUUCGCAAAGUGGAAAUUUUCUGUGUUUUCAAUGUUACUGCAGCAUAUUGGCUAAAUGGUUUUAGUGAGCUUAUGUGCCAUGUUGUCUUUUGUUAGUCUGUCAAAUUUCAAUGAAAAACCACUUAUCCAGAAUGACUGGAUUGAUUUUAACAAGCGUUGGGUUACAAAUCCCUAGCCCAAGGAAACUAACUUCAUUUUCUUCAAAUGAAGUGCAGCACCCCUUUGGGACAAAAUACUUUAUAUGCUUUUAUACAGGUGAAAUUUGAAUGUCUUAUUCCUCAUAACAAGUUAAGGAAUUCAAUGUUUGUUUUCAAAAAGCUUACCUAGUUUGGUAUAAACAUACUUCAUUCAUUCAGUUUUUUAAGGUUAUAGAAGAUAGAGAUUUUAUUGGGGAAAUAAAAACAUCUAUGAAAAUAGGGAAAGGAAAACGCUUCCAUUAAAAAAUCUAAUCAUUCUGGGGUUGUCCUUAUUUUGCUGAUUUGAAUAACAUGUUACCAUACUUGACAUAUUAGUUUACACAUAUUUGUACAAAUAAAGACCAGAAGAGAUAUUCAGGUCCCUGGAUUUCCUGUAUAUUUCACAGUGUUAACAUAAUGGCACAUGUAUAUUCCUAUUAUUAUUAUAUUUUAGCUAUUGUUAAGUAAGGGAAAAUUUAACGAGUACAAAAAGAAAAAAACAACCCUCCCCCCCCAAAAAAAAAUGUAAAAAAAAAACAAUGAUUUGAUAUGAAAGCUUGAUUGAUCCUUCACAUCCAGAAUGCCAAAAUUAUUUUAAUAUUGAAACCAAGUUAUUUAAUAAAUGGAAAUGAAGGAAAUUUUCAGCCAUUACGUGUGUGUUGAAUGUUUGAUAAUUUACCAAAUUCAGACAAUAAACCUAAUUUAUGUAUAUCUUAACAUUUUUUGUCCCCCCUAUUUAAUUUCUUGUUUCGCUUGGUUAUCUGAGCGUCUCUCUGAUGUAUGGGUAGAAUUUACUGCAGCUUUAAUGAUCCAUAUAGAUAUAAAUACCGCUAUGGGCAUUUUUCAACUGAUUUUUAUGAUUGUGUCAUUGACUUAUUUUAGGCUAAGUUUUACCUAAUAUUGUGUAAAUCCUUUUAUAGAAGAAUCAAAUGUUUUUUUCUAAAAACAUUUUAACAGAUAUGAUAUUUUUACAAAAAGUCUCCCUGAAAUCUGCUUGAUGUUUACAUUGUAGCCAUUGGCAGUUAUUUAUGAAGCUAAGUGGAUUGGUUUCUUGAGCAUGCUGGCAUGAUCUGCCUGGUAAUUUUCCAGUAUCCUUCGGUUUUAAUUUGACAAGUAAUGAUUUAAUUAGAAAUUAUUGAGACUGAAGAAAAUGAUUAUCUUCUCCUUGGAAAACUUUUUAUUUUAUAGUGGCAAGAAUCAGUGGCAAUAUGAAUCAAGUGUAGAUUUAAUUUUAGAUUCUGUUGAUUUUCAAAAAAAUUGUUAGUAUGACCUUGGUGAAAUGGUUGAGUUCUCUCCCCUCAUUUGCUAAUGAGCGUGCAAGUAUUGGAUACAAAACUUUCAGGUCUUUUUGCUUGGAUGUAUUUUGUUUAAUUUUUCACUACGGUUCAAGCUGUCGGUCAAAUCUGGGUUUAGUAAUCAAUGGUAGCAAAUAGUUUAUUCCUGUGAAGCUGGUGUCCAAGAUGUAAACAAAGUUGAUCUAUUUGUUUACAUGACUGUAAACAACCUGGUAAAUAAGGACAUCAAUACGCCAUUUUUGGAAGGUCUGAGAGAUGUAUGAAUGGUAGUAUUAUAACUGUGUAUGUAAGGAUGGAUGUGGUCAUUUAUAACAUGUAUAAAACAAUCACGACCUGAUUUGAUUGGAGGAUCAUGUUUAUAUUACACCCCCAACUUGUACAACCUAGAUUGUGUUGUUAUGUAACUGUCGUAAAGACUACUGAUAUUUCUAGUAACCGGCCAAAAAUAUAUCACUGUAGUCUUGUAGGCAGGUAUGUAACAAAGAGAGAGAAAAAGAAAAAAAACAAAGGGAAAAAUACAAACUCAAGAAAACCCUGAAAAGACAGUUGAAGGAAAAAAAAAGAAAUGUUUACAUAACAAGGUUUGAAAUCUAGAUGUAAACAAGUUGGGAAGGUCAUUCAAAUGUAAAUAUUUCAUUACUUAUAUUCUCCGGUCUCAUAAACAUUUUAUGUUCUUAAAACACUUGCAUCAAGUAUUCAUUUUUUGUGUCGAUUUUUAAAUGUUUUGUUUUGGAUGGUUAUGUGGUAGCAUGUUUUUAAACAUCCAGACACCUGUAGGAUCCUGUAGUACUCAUCUUAGUGUUCUGUUAUUAGUCAUGUAGUCUUACUCGUCAUUGUUUAAGUGAUUUCUGGAAGGUUCAUAAGGACAAUAAAAAGGAAAUAUCAUGUAUUUUA